GGGCUGAGGAUCCGGAGCCCCUCCCCGAGGUGGGCGGAGACUUCGGCGCUGGGGGUUGGAGGCGGGGCGCCGAACCUAGAUCGCCCCUCCCGCUUACCUUUUGACUUUUGGGACCCUAGUGGCUUUCCCACGCUUUGCCGGAAGUUCUCGCAACAUUUCCGGCAGCGCUUUUCUGGAUCCGAGUCCUUGAGUGUUCUCCGUGUAUUUUCGGCUACGGUGGGCUGCCCGGCCAGGAUGAGGAGCGGGUUUUUGAGCGGUGCCUGGCGCCUGUGGGCCCGCCGCGCCAUCAGCCGCACGCCGCCGCCUUCCGAGGAGCUCCUCGCCCGCGGCGGGCCCCUGCGUGCCUUCCUGGAGCGCCGCGUGGGCUCGGAAGCCGGCGGUCUGGACGCUGGGAGCCCCCAGCUGGCCGCGGCGGCCCGGCUGCUGAGCGAGAAGGAGCGGGAGCUGCGGGACACGGAGUCAUUGCUGCACGAUGAGAAUGAAGAUUUAAAGAAACUUGCAGCGAGUGAAAUAGCUUUGUGUCAGAAAGAAAUAACUGAGCUGAAACAUCAGAUCAUCUCACUUUUGGUUCCUUCAGAAGAAACGGAUGGGAGUGACCUGAUUCUGGAGGUGACUGCGGGUGUGGGUGGUCAGGAAGCCAUGCUUUUCACUUCUGAGAUGUUUGACAUGUACCAGCAGUAUGCUGCCUUUAAAAGAUGGCAUUUUGAAACACUGGAAUAUUUCCCAAGUGAACUAGGUGGCCUUAGACACGCAUCAGCCAGCAUUGGUGGUCCGGAAGCCUACAGACACAUGAAAUUUGAAGGAGGAGUGCACAGAGUCCAACGAGUGCCCAAGACAGAGAAGCAGAGCCGUAUCCACACCAGCACCAUGACAGUGGCCAUCCUGCCCCAGCCUACUGAGAUUAAACUGGUGAUUAAUCCAAAAGACUUGAGAAUUGAUACUAAAAGAGCGAGUGGAGCUGGGGGACAACACGUGAAUACCACAGACAGUGCUGUCCGCAUAGUCCAUCUUCCUACAGGUAUUGUUUCUGAAUGCCAGCAAGAGAGAUCCCAGCUGAAGAACAGGGAGCUGGCUAUGAAGAAGUUACGUGCAAGGUUAUACAGCAUGCAUCUAGAGGAGGAGGCGACUAAAAGGUGCCACGCUCGGAAGAUCCAGGUUGGAACUAAAGGAAGAUCAGAGAAAAUAAGAACAUACAACUUUCCACAGAACAGAGUCACAGAUCAUAGAAUAAACAAAUCAUUACAUGACCUUGAGAGUUUCAUGCAAGGAGACUGUCUUCUGGAUGACCUGAUACAGUCACUGAAGGACUAUUCGGAUUAUGAAUCUCUAGUAGAAAUGAUUUCCAAAAAAGACUAAGUUUCUUUGUAAAGAUGUAUUUUUAUAUAGACCAGGAAAAUUCUAGUAUAAAUCCAUUGUGUGCAAAUCCUUAACCGGUAUUCUUUUAAGGAAUGUAAGUUAACAGUUUCUUGGACAAUUCUCUAUAAAAAAAAAAAUUAAACACAAAGGAAGACAGUUGUUUUUAUAUAAAAUAUUUCAUCAGAAAUUUCAAAUAUAAAGCAGAUAUGUUCAUGUUAAUACGACGUAAGGAAACAGAAGCUGACAGAGGAACUAACAAGAAGCAGUGCAGUCAAGCACAUCAGGACUGAUAGGACCGAGAGUGGCCUACACAGAGUUCCUAAUGGAAGGAAGCGCUUAUGAGGUAGUGCAGUCAGGCAUGUUGGAAGGCCAGCCCUCUCAAUGAUGGAAUGUUCCUGGGUCACCUGCAGCUGUGAGCUUGGGCCUUGCAAAGAAAACAUCAAGCCCAUGGGAGCUGAUAAGCCAAGAGCUUCCUGUCAAGGUGUGAGCUUUACUGAAUAGUAAGCCUUGGUGGGCUUCUAUCUCAGUUCCUCAGAGAAACAAAACCAAUAGGAUGUGUCUACACAAAUUCCCUAUAAGGAUGGUCCCACAUAGUGAACCGUGUGUCCAAGAUCUACAGUGUGAAGCAGCUGGGAGGAGACCCAGGAGAGCUGAUAGUUAACUUUACUUGGUAGUUUGCUAGGGAAAUCUCUCUUGGUUGAAGGAGGCUGGAUUUUCUCUACUCAGGCCUUUAGCCCUCUUGGAUAAUUGCUAGCAAAAAUAUAUCAGCAUGACUGAUGUUUCACUGAUUUAAAUGUCAGUGAAAUCUCCAAACCUUGAGGAGACCCAAAAUAAUGCUACCAAGUAUUAGGGUUCUCUAGAGACACAGUGACACAGAACUUACGGAAUGAAUAUCUCUUUCCUCACUGCCCCUCUACACACACACACACACUCACACACACACACUCACACACACACACACACACACACACACACACACACACACACACACGUACAUUGGAAUGAUUUAGCAGUCUAUAGUACAACUAAUACAACAAUGGUUAUGUGAAUGGGAAGUCCAAGAAUCUUGCAGCUGCUCAGUCCCACAAGGCUUGGUGCCCCAGCUGGUCUUCGGUACCUGUGGGAAUCUGAAGAAGUAGGCUUGAAUGACAGUGAAGGAAUGGCUGCAAUAGCAAGGCCAGGGCAAGCAGGCGAAGAACAAAACCUUUCGUCCAUGGUCCUUAUAUAGGCUUCUAGCAGAAGGUGUGGCCCCAGAUUAGAGGUGUCUUCCCAACUCCAGAUCUGGAUCAAAGGCAUGUUGUCUUCUUGCCUCAGGAACCCCAUGACAGGUGUGACCUUCAUUUCUGGAUAGUAGUUCCACAUACAGUCAAGUUGACAACUAGCCAUCACAGUCACAAUAAAGGCCAGCCAAGUCUACAAAUGUAACCACUGGGGUGUCCAAGAGUACUCCUUAAGGCUGUACCAUGGAAGAGGAGGAAUGAGACGUCCUGUCUUGCUUACCGUGUUUCUCUACCACCUACUACUUCCAAGCUUCGAGUGCUACCAGCAAAGAAAUGUAUGGACUUCAGUAGUUUGAAUGUGCCCCCUCUAAGAUCCAGGUGAUGCUAAUGUGAUCAUAUUAAGUACGGCGUCACAACUAAGGUUUUAAGAGUCCCUUCUGAAUGGGGCUAAUGUCUGUAAACUAUCAAACACCCAGAAGCACUGCCCAGCUCUAAUCAUGUUUUCAUACCUUCAAUGCCUGAAAUAAAUUACAAACAUGACAUUUUAUUCUCAUACGUAUCAGCUGGCCCUUAGACACAAUUCCACUUCAGCAUGUAUCAUUACAUGACAAUCUUUUUGGUAAAUCCCCCAAUACUUCACUCAAUAUCUGAUGGUCCAGAUUUCUUUCCUUUUCCCCUAGAUGUGUUAGAGUUGACUUCUUCAAUGUAAGAUCCAAUUAUGUGCCUAUUUGUAGGCUUACCCUUACCUGACUCCUAACACCCUUUGUCAAGGCACGGCACUGGAUUUUCAUCUGUGAAGAUCAAACUAGAUAUUCUGGUAGUAGGUGAGUUGUUCAGACAUUCUGGGACAUUAACACUUGAAACUUGGUCAGUACCUACAUCGUUUCUCGUGACUUAGCACCGUUGUCACAAAAAUUUGUAUUGGAAGAGGGAGGGUUUGACUGGUCCAUGCUGAUACAUAUAUAUAUCCUUCAAAUCCUGGCUUGUAAUUUGCAGUGUACUUUAUAUUGAGUAUUUAUUUAGAGCCUCAGUAUUUGAAAGGAAGUAGCACAAAACCAUUAAUGAUAGGCAAGGAUUUUAAGCUGCCUACAGUGUCUAACACAUAAACCCCGUUGUAUGAACAGUAUCCCUUCUAAUCUCAUGAAAGGUACUUUACCUUUAAUAUGUGUGUAUUAAUCUGCUUUUAUAUGCAUAGGUGUUUUUCAUGCAUGCGUGUUUGUACACAAUGUGCCUACAGUGCCCGUGGAGGCCAGAUUAGGGUGUGUGAUCCCCUGCGACUGUAGUUACAGACAGUUGUGAGUUGCCCGGAGAGUACUGGGAAUUGAAAUCAGGCUCUCUGCUUUUACAAAGCAGCCAUUGGUCUUCACUGAGCCAUUUCUCCAGCCCCUUAUUUUGCAGUUGUUGGGUUUUUGGUUUUUUGGGGGUUU